AUGAAGGUGGCUGUGGGCCCAGACCCCUCCCUGGUCUACCGGCCCGAUGUGGACCCAGAGGCAGCCAAAGACAAGGGCAGCUUCCGAAACUACACCUCUGGCCCGCUGCUGGACCGUGUCUUUGCCACCUACAAGCUUAUGCACACGCAGCAGACCGUGGACUUCGUCAGGAAGAAGCACACCCAGUUUGGGGGCUUCUCCUACAAGAAAAUGACUGUGCUGGAGGCUGUGGCCAUGCUGGACGGGCUGGUGGACGAGUCGGACCCAGACGUGGACUUCCCCAAUUCCUUCCAUGCCUUCCAGACUGCUGAGGGCAUCCGGAAAGCCCACCCUGACAAGGACUGGUUCCACCUCGUGGGGCUGCUGCAUGACCUGGGGAAGGUCCUGGUUCUGGCAGGGGAGCCCCAGUGGGCGGUUGUUGGAGACACCUUCCCAGUUGGCUGCCGUCCCCAGGCCUCUGUGGUUUUCUGUGACUCCACCUUCCAGGACAACCCCGACCUCCAGGAUCCUCGAUACAGCACAGAGUUCGGCAUGUACCAGCCCCACUGUGGGCUAGAGAACGUCCUCAUGUCCUGGGGCCAUGAUGAGUACAUGUACCAGAUGAUGAAGUUCAACAAAUUCUCUCUCCCACCGGAGGCCUUCUACAUGAUCCGAUUCCACUCCUUCUACCCUUGGCACACGGGUGGCGACUACCGGCAGCUGUGCAGUGAGCAGGACCUGGCCAUGCUUCCCUGGGUGCAGGAGUUCAACAAGUUUGACCUCUACACCAAGUGUCCAGAUCUGCCGGAUGUGGACGAGCUGCGGCCCUACUACCAGGGGCUCAUUGACAAGUACUGCCCUGGUGUGCUGAGCUGGUGA